AACUUCAUCAGUGUGUCUGCAUCAUCAAGCUUUAAUAUGUGUACAGGGGGUGAUGAGCGGAGCAACAAACUUACGGAUGAGUCGAAAGGGGGAUCAGAAAUGAGAAGAUAUAUCACUCAGGCACUUGGCAGACGGAGGGUCUGACUACAUCAUACGUCAUUACUGUGACGUUGAUGCCGACGAUGACACUCGCAUACGUAUACACACACAUCGUUUACGGUAAAUGGCAAAUGCGGGCACACACACGCACACACUUACAAAACGCGGGAAUUCAGGGAAGGGAUUCAGAGAGUGGUAAAAGAUGCGAAUAUUAUCAUCGUGCUUGAGCGAAGUGAAUCUCAUUACGAAAACGAAAGCGAGAAAAUCUGCGAUAUAUUUCAUAUCUAAUUCCCGCGAGGUAUGAACGGUCAACUGUUAGGUGUUGUGGUACACCGGUGGUAUGGAUGUAGGUGAAUCUAUAAACCUGCACUGGAUGGGCAGCCAUGCAGUGAGAAUCCUCAGCUUCCAUUAUCAGCCUUUUAUAAGAUCAAUUCGAAAGGGACCUUGAUCAAUUUAAUCCUAUUGUAUUUACCGACUCUUGAUCCAUCGGCGUGCACACCCCCUCACCUUCUCUGGAGCUUUAAAUCAUUUAAACGUAGGCCUAUAUUCACCUGUGAGAGCGACCGACGAUUGAAAAAAAUGCUUAAAUUUGACUUCCUUGAAAACGAGCGUUUACCAGACGAGCAGAUUCGUUCGGGGAAGCGAUAUUUGUCGAAGUCGAAGGCGAUCGUGGUCGUGGUUCUCUUCGUCCUCGCCAUCGUCAUUGUGGGAUUGCUGUGUGGAUUGCUCGCGGAAAAGAAGGCAUGUCAUACGAGGUACACUGGAGUGACAUACCCUCCAUAUGCAACUCAUCACCAACCUACUCAGGAACCAACCAAGGAUAUAUAUGAAAGGACAACCCAUCUAACGCCAACGAGUAGACCCCCACCUAUCUCCACGAGCCAGGCACCGUUGGCGCCGUGGGAGGAACCGCGCCUCCCCGGCGACCUCAAACCGAUUCACUACGAACUCGACAUCCAAAUCGACAUCGACCACCGGCAGUGGUUUAAUGGGACAGUGACGGUGUUGAUACGGUGUUUGAGGAACACCAACAUCAUUAUCAUGCAUUCGAAACAGCUGGACCUGAUCCCGGGUUCUGCAUCGCUUGAAAUGUUGUCGAGGAACGGAGGUAGUGUUCUUCCGAGAUUAUCGAAAGAACCCUGGACAUACCUAGGAAAUCAGUACCUCGUGGUGGAGUUGGAUGGUUGGUUGGUCCAAGGGGAGGAAUAUCUCUUCAAGAUUGGUUUCGGUGCAGAGCUGGUAGACCAGGGGCUUGUCGGACUCUUCAGGAGUUCCUACAAGACGGUAACGGGAGAAACCAGAUACCUUGCCACAACAUUUUUCGCGCCCACCAACGCCCGCAUGGCCUUCCCUUGCUUCGACGAACCGGCAAUGAAGGCAACAUACGACAUCGCCAUCGUUCACCAACCCGACUACGUGGCCAUUAGCAACAUGCCUGUGAUGGAAGUGGAGAAUGUGACUGUCGAAGAUGGUCAGAGACCUUGGCUGAUGUCCACCUUCCAGAGAACGAAACCGAUGUCCAGCUAUACCAUCUGUUACGUCGUCUGCGACUUCGAAAAAGAAACUGGUGUGACAGCCGGCAACAUAGAGUUUACUAUCUGGGCAAGAAAAGAAGCGAUGUCUUCCGUGCACUAUGCUUUAGAUAAAGGAGGCAAUAUAUUGGAUUACUAUAAUUUCUACUUCAGUACCGAAUAUCCGCUUCCAAAAAUGGAUACUGUUGCCAUCCCCGACUAUGGUGUUGGUGCCAUGGAAAAUUGGGGCCUCCUGACGUUUCGUGAAUAUUAUCUUCUAUACACACCUGGUACGUCAUCUCGAUCCGACCUUCAGCAUAUCACCUACGUCAUGGCUCACGAGCUAGCUCAUCAGUGGUUUGGUAACUUGGUUUCAUUCGAGUGGUGGAACGACCUCUGGUUGAAAGAAGGCUUUGCAACCUACGCCGGGAAUAUCGGCUGCGACGUAGUUCAGCCAGACUGGGGUAUGACAGAUCAGUUCACUGCGAAAGAGAUGUUCAAAUCCCUCCAGGAAGACGCCUCUCCUUCUUCCCGCCCUAUCAUCGUGGACGUCUUCACUGCAGACGACAUUAACCAACAAUACGAUGUGAUCGUCUAUGAUAAGGCAGCUUCUAUCAUUAGGAUGAUACACGAUUUCCUUGGCGAAGAAACAUUUAGGAGAGGGUUGCAGCUCUAUGUUGAGAGAUAUCAGUACGGUAAUGCAGUUAACACUGAUCUGUGGAAUUGUUUCACAGAUGCCUUAAAUGGGUCGACGAUUGAUGUCAAGGAGGUCAUGGAUACUUGGACAUUACAGAUGGGUUAUCCUACUGUCUACGUCACUCGUGAUUAUUCAUUAGUUAAUCCGGCCUUCUCAGCCAAACAGAGUCGUUUCCUCAUUGACCCGGAAGCGAAUACUACAACACAAUACGAUGAUCUUGGCUAUACAUGGUACAUACCGAUUAGGUAUACGACUAAGGGAGAGGCGAACUUCGACAGUCCUCCUCUUCAGUGGCUAACCCCAAACUCAUCUGGUGUUACAACGCCUAUCUUGGGAUCCUCGGCAGAUGAGUGGCUUUUAGUAAAUAUCAACGCCUAUGGAUAUUACCGGGUUAACUAUGAUGAGCAUAACUGGCAGUUGCUGAUAUCACAGCUUCUAUCGAAUCGUGAGGCGAUACCUAUAUCAAAUCGUGCAGAACUUAUCGGCGACGCCCUGAAUCUAGCGAGAGCUGGUGACUUGGAUUAUACCAUAGCCCUCAACCUCACCCGCUAUCUAUCCGAUGAGAGGGAGUACGUCCCCUGGUUGACCGCAACCAAGGUCCUCGGGUACAUCAAUCUCAUGCUGUCUAGAGCUUCAGCCUUUGGGGCUUUCCAGAGAUACAUGUCAAGGCUUGUUGAACCUUUCUACAGGGAUGCUGGAUUAUAUAACUCGGAAAGCAAUCAUCUUCAACAAUUAGCUCGUGUUGUCGCUGAACAGGAAGCUUGUAACUAUGGCAACCGUGAUUGCAUCACGAGAGCAACAUCCAUGUUUGCAAGUUGGAUGAGGAAUGACUCGUAUAAUACUAUUCCACCAGAUCAGAAGAAGCACGUGUAUUGUACUGCAAUCGCAAUGGGUGGGGAGACAGAGUGGUCCUUUGCGUUCGAUAAGUAUGAAUCAACCCUCGUUGCCAGUGAACGAGCCUUACUACUGCAAUCCCUGGCGUGUGCCAAACAGCCCUGGAUACUCAGCAAAUAUCUAGGGAUGAUAACUGAUGGAGUGAUUAGAUCCCAGGAUGCCGACUCUGUUUUAGAGUAUGUAGCGAAAAACCCGAUAGGAUACGAUCUAGCUUGGCGCUUUUUCCAGAAUAAUUGGGAUUUCUUUAGAAAAACCUACGGCAGUACUUUAUUUCAUUUUGCCGAUCUUAUCAAAAAGGUCACUGCCUAUUUCAACACGGAGUUACAACUCAGAGAGCUUGAGGACUUUAUAUUGCAGCAUCCUGACCAGGGAACGGGUGCCAGAGCGUUUGUCCAGGCCGUACAGCAGACCAAAGCUAACAUCAGAUGGGUACGACGUUAUCGGGAGAAAGUGCAUGCAUGGCUUCAACAGGAAAAUGAAGGUUGAGUCUUGGGAGUUGUUUCACCAACACCAAUGUGCACUUGCUUUUUCGUUUCUUUGUGGCAGGCAUUUCAGAUCUUUUUAGAUGUUGAUCUGGCUUCGGUCCUUCAUGGGAAGUUCCCGUAGGGAUAUCCAGGGUGACCAGAUUUCACAAAAUGAAAUACGGGACAAUCGACAAAAAAAUCAACAAAGAAGGCUACACAAUGU